CAGGACGGUCCAGCAAGUCUGAGCUGCCUUUAUUUAUUUAUGAAAAAUAAAGCAAUUCAGAAGAAAUGGAUGAGUGAGCUCUAUUAAAGAAGGGAAGCAAAACCAAGAGAAAUAUGAAGUAUCUGCUUUCAGUCUUGGUUUUGUAAAACGCACAGGAAGGAGGGAGGGAGGGAGACGCUGAAAGAGUGUCCGCUUGUUUACAGAAACAUUUGUCAGGUUAAAACCGGCUUUCUCGUGAGCAUCCUCCUGGAGAAAUCAAAGUGUGUGGAGAGGAUGCUGCGCUCACAAGAAGCAGGUGCAUCCAGCCAGGAGGAGGAGGCGCUGGGAGCGACGUACAUCCACCGCUGGACAGCGGCUCCAAGCGCAAACUCCCGAUUUGUAGCCUCAAUUUGACGCUUUUCUUUGUGUCAUUUUUAUUGUUAUUAAGUGGAUUUCAAGUCGGCUCAUUUCGGAUAACCUUAACGAGGCACCAUGACGGGGAUGAGCGCAGGGCUCGUUUGGAAAACGCCGAGGGGACUGUAGGAGCUCUCACCGAGGAGGCUGGCUCCUCAUCCCCGGAAUGGCCGGGACACUUUUCUCAGCGCAGUCCCUCUACAUCGGGAUGGAGGUGCUGAUCGCGGUCGCCUCCGUGGUCGGGAACGUCCUGGUAGUUUGGGCUGUGAAGAUUAACAAAUCCUUGCGAGACACCACGUUUUGCUUCAUCGUCUCCCUGGCGCUGGCGGACAUCGCGGUGGGCGCGCUCGUCAUCCCGCUGGCCAUCACCAUCAGCAUCGGACUUCAGACGCACUUUUACAGCUGCCUGCUCGUGGCGUGCACCGUGCUGGUGCUGACGCAAAGUUCAAUCCUGGCCCUUCUGGCCAUCGCGAUUGACCGCUAUCUCAGGGUCAAGAUCCCAACCAGGUACAGGCGAGUGGUGACUCGGCGGCGAGCGGGCCUGGCGGUGGUGAUAUGCUGGACGGUGGCUUUCAUCGUGGGGCUCACACCCAUGUUAGGCUGGAACAACCUGAGGCGCCUCCAGCAGAAUGGCUCCAUCAGCUCGGACCUCGUUAUCACCUGCCAGUUCGAGAACGUCAUCAGCAUGGACUACAUGGUGUAUUUUAAUUUUUUCGGCUGGGUGCUGCCGCCACUGCUGUUCAUGCUGGCCCUUUACGCAGAGAUCUUCUACAUGAUCCACAAGCAGCUGAACAACAAGAAGAUCACCGCGAAUCACACAGAGCCAAACAGAUAUUAUGACAAAGAGCUCAAUCUGGCCAAAUCUCUGGUUCUGGUUCUUUUUCUCUUCGCCGUCAGCUGGCUCCCUCUCCACAUCAUCAACUGCAUCACACUCUUCUGUCCCGAAUGCCAGAAGCCCAUAGUCCUCCUCUAUAUCGCCAUCCUGCUAACACACGGAAACUCUGCCGUCAACCCCAUCGUCUACGCUUUCCGCAUUAAGAGGUUUCGCUCGGCCUUCCGGAAAAUCUGGCAGCAAUACGUGUGCUGCAAGGAAACUCCAGGCCUGGACUUCCAGCCCAGCGACAGGAAAGAAAUGCCCAUACUGGUUCCACACCAGAUAACGCCGGUGGAUACGUCUCAGAUGGAGGACCUUAAAUGUCAUCUGGCACAGCAGCAAGAACUUUCACCACAGUCACAGGAGGAUCAGAAGACAGAAACGCCUCAAUAAACCAACUGAGAUUCAACCUGACGGAGCAGAAUAUGUUCAAGCAAACAAAUAGAGCCGAUUGCUACAGAAGCAGUUGCCCUCUUCAUUGGAAUGAGUUCUUAUGAGGGGCAUAGAAUGCAUUACAGCAGAGCUGCAGCAUUUGGAGAUUCUCACAUUUAUUCUCAGGAUGUUCAUUCAAAGUUUGGUCAGAGGGCAAAAAAUAAGAAGAAGAGCAGCAACUGGAAAAACUUGCAAUAAUGGAAGUCCUUUUUACAGUUCUUGUUUAAUGGUGACAAACUGUAAUCACUGCUUUCUUAUGAUGAAAAACAUAACAAAAUGUGCAAUAUAAGUUAUCGUUGUUGCUCAGUAUGCGAUUAUAAAAUGCCACAACUCGCUUGAACAUUUUUAGAACUAAUAGAGCAGGGUACUUAAUGCCACUAUGUAUAUGUUUGACCUGUCAAUGAUGGAAAAAAAUGAAUGUAAUGUUGUGACUAAGACUAGCAGCACAGCUGCGGAUGCUCCUCUUAUCUUCAGGGUCUUAAUUGCACAACUUUAAAGCAGCACCUCAGUAAGUGCUGGGGGAAAGGUUUUGUAACCUCUCAACAGCUCUCCGCGGACUUCCCUGAUACAAAAAAAGACAGUAAUGCACUGCAGAGGUGGUGGACAAGAAUAAGGAAGUAGCAGACUGAGGCAACGGGAGAGUUUUAACAUUUUACAAGCUGCAGGACAAGCAGGAAGGUCUAGCAACUAUUCAUGAGGGAGAAACACAAGAUGCACUUAAAGAGCAUUUUUAUCUGGCCUCUACGCCGGCUGGUGGCGGGGAAAAUCAUCUCUUCGUGUGGAGCAAUCGGAAAACCUUACCACCGCAGAUAUUAGCUUAAGCAGCCUUACAGUUUUGAUUAGUAUUGAUUGAACUUGUUUCUCAGAGGGGAGCCUGAAGAUUGUGAGCAUUUACGACCCUGCGAGCUCAAAGUUUUGCAUAAUAUGUCUGUAGAAGAAUAGGUAAAGUAUGUUCAGUGCUAUUCAUCGAAACAAAGUGUAAAGCAGGGGUGGGUAAACUGCAUUAAAUUAUUUAAUCUGGCCGCCAAACUGUAAUACAUCAACCCAUUGGUGAGAAUGGCUCUAAAAUUAGAACAAAAACUACAAUUUUUGAAUAAAAAGUCCAAAAUGUUCUGUUUCAAAGUAACUUUCAAUCAAGAUUAAGGCAUGUCUUGGCUUUGCCAUGACCAGAUACUAUGUUAUUUCUUUCUUUUAUGAGGUGAAUCGCCAAAACGCACCACAAAUCUCCUCCUGGUCCGGCCCUUCUGUCAAAAUUUAGAACCCUUUGUGGCCCACGAGUAAGAAUGUUUGCCCAUCCCUGGUGUAAAGGAAUGUAAAUAUCUUUGGUUUUAUCCCUUUUACUAUAAGAUUUCACUGAAAUUUGUGACAAUCUCCUGAAAAUUUGAUAUUUUCUGUCUUAGCUGAGAAAAUUCGAGAAAUUUAAAUCUUAAGACAGAAAAAUAACUUUAGCCAAACAACUUCUUUGGAUCUACAGUAUCUAGGCAUGGUUGAAAUAUACAACUUUAAAGGAAAAAGUAGAAAAUUACAAUUAAUAAUAACUAAGCUACAUAUUUUGUCAUUCUGCUUCUCUUUUUUUUUAAGCAAUUUUUAUUCCAGAAUACACAAAUCUGUUUGGUUUGGAUUUGCAUUAAUGGUUUCUGUUCUAAUGUCUGGUCUUCUGAGAUCAACCAGCUGCUAUUUUAUUUCAUUUUUAAGCUAAAACUGAAUAUCAGCAGCAGAUGGAAAGGUCAUUCAUUCAUUAAAUUCAAGAAGGAAUUAUGCUAAAUAAUGUACUUGGAGAGCCACUAAUUACUGAUGCUGCACACGUGAAUUAAAUGAGACAAUACACAAUCAUGUUGUAUGCUAUGAACUCUCACUGACUGAAGCACUACUCAGCAUUUUUAGCUCUGCUUGUGUAACAGAGGCGUUUGAGCUGGGAUGAAAUACUGUGACAUUGAUUUUGUACAGAACGCAUCUUUCAGCCUUUAACUAAAAGCACAGUUCUUAUGAAGCCUCAAGUAAAGUGCAUUUAUUAAAGAGUAUGGAUGUAAUCUCCACUAUCA